AUGAACGGGAAAGGAAAAGAUGUAAGCCGUUCAGUUGUACCUGAAAAAAGAAAGGAACCAAAACCAGAUGCUGUUCAUGAAAAAGUAGAUAUUCUAAAGCAAAAAAAGCCAAAGUUGAAGGAUAUGCUACUUGAUGAAAAUUUCGAAAAGUUGGAUGAAAAACAUGUAAAAUCAAUCACCUUGCAUCGACUUAAUGAUGGAGAUCGCUUAUGGACUCAUCUUAAUACUGCAUUACAUAUUAAUAACAAAGAAAAAGCUGACAAAACUAAAUAUGAAACAAAAGACAAAAAUUAUCAAAUUUUACGAAAUGAUUCACUUUUUGAUGGUGAUGAAAGGGCUGAAGAAUACUUUAAACAUGACAACUGUAGAGGAAAAACUUAUUCUCGAUUUUGUUCGCCAUGUGCAUUUUUGGCUCAUAAUGAAGCUUUCAAUAAAGUUAAUCGCUAUUAUUCUUAUCAUUCACUUGUCGAAUCAUAUCCAGCACUUGGUCAAAUUCUGAAGGCUGUUGAAGCAAAUGGACUUGAAGAUUGGAUUGGAAAAUAUACAGCAUUUAUGAUUGAUAAAACUAUGGAUGAGCAACGCCCA